UUAGACGUGUUAGUGAUGGAACACGUUUCUGCUGGUGAGCUCCGCAACCGUGUGCUUAUGUGUUUCUUCGUUUUCCGCACCUCGAUUUACUUAGGCGGCUGACGGUAUCUUCGUAUGUCCUCUCAAAAAUCUGGUGCCGCUAUCGAUACCCAUUCUUGUUUUCGGAGUUGUUUGUUUCUCUUCCUCUCGAUUUGCUUUCGGUGUGAGGUGCCAUAAAUUACAAACCUAAACGAGAAAAUCCAAAUAAAGGACCUGUGGAAUUGAAGGGAUGCCAAAUAAAUAAGUCGGACGAAUCGUAAUUCAAAAUUCAUGGGCUGAGCCGCUGCCUCCGAAACUUGGAGAAGGACUCGGAUCAAAAUGAGGAAAAACCGUGCGGUCACAAAAUAAAGGCUUAACAUUCAUGUCACUCGUCCGGGGCUCGACACCAGGGUAUGACGAGCAAGUUGCUGAUUUGGGGAGUGUAUCUUACUGUUUUACUUUCAGUACCAGAAGAAACACGUUCACAGCAAUGCUCCGCGAUGAUUAGACGGCGGAAGUGGAGCGAGCCCACCUAUAGGUACCGGCCUCAGUACCCGCAAUGCUACGGGGACUGCGUGGAGCCGGUGCACAGCAACCUCCUGCUCAUUACCAGCGACUUACCUCGACAGAAACUCAAACACUGCUCCUUGCCGCACCUGGUCCAUGGCGUCGAGGCUCUCGAGUCCCAGUUAUUCCUAUCCGAGCCCCGCGUCGUCGUCGUCGUCCAGGUGGACCCGACCUGGGAACCGAACCCUUUCAUCCUCGACGCCAUGAUCACCAGACUAGGAAACGUCUCCGUCUUCACGGACAAGCUAUCCGACGAGACCGUCAUCGAAGAUCGCUGCCGCAAAAUGGCUGGACAGUGUUUUCUGCUGGAUAACUUGCUGCCCGUGCUGGAGCAGCUCCACAAGUGGCAGGCCACCGCUUUCAUCUCGUCCUCGCUGCUGGAUAUCCACGACACUCGCUGGUUCCCCGUCGCUUACCCGCCCGUCUUGUCGCCUGACCACGUCAUACCCAUUCACAUCCAAGUGGAGCACCUGGUCGCCAAUCUCUGUGUCAGAGACCGGCGACUCAAUCUUUAUUUCGAAAUGACAGAUUUUACUGGUCCUACGUCUAUCUUGGGUAAGAGUGAGGUUGUGACUGCUGAGCCGGAGCUUGUGACAGAGACGAGCCUUUACCUAGGAGAUAUUUUACCUUUAAACCCGAAACAUUAUGACAAAAACCGAGCCCCCAAAGUCGCAGGUUCGCCAACGAUUGUCUACUUCCAUGUCACCGUUUUAUCUCUCGAUUCAAUCAAUGAGGAGUCGAUGACAUACGUAGCAGAUAUUUUCUUGGCGCAAAGCUGGCGAGACCAAAGACUGAGACUCCCAGAAAAUAUGAGUGAGGAGUACAGAAUUUUGGAUGUCGGGUGGCUCCAUGACAUAUGGCGGCCGGAUUGCUUCUUCAAAAACGCCAAGAAAGUUACCUUCCACGAGAUGAGCAUUCCCAAUCAUUACCUGUGGCUUUAUCAUGAUAAAACUUUGCUCUACAUGUCCAAGCUAACGCUGGUCUUAUCGUGCGCCAUGAAGUUUGAGUCUUAUCCGCACGAUACACAAAUUUGCUCAAUGAUGAUUGAAAGUCUUUCACACACAACUCACGAUUUAGUUUUUAUAUGGAACAUGACGGAUCCAUUAGUCGUGAAUCCUGAAAUAGAACUGCCGCAGUUGGAUAUUUCUCAAAACUAUACCACAGAUUGUACAAUAGAAUAUUCUACAGGUAACUUUACGUGCUUAGCCGUUGUUUUUAAUUUGCGCCGAAGACUUGGAUACCAUUUAUUUCACACCUACAUACCUUCGGCACUCAUCGUUGUAAUGUCUUGGAUUUCAUUUUGGAUUAAACCAGAAGCAAUCCCGGCCAGAGUCACUCUUGGAGUCACUUCACUAUUAACGUUAGCAACACAAAACACUCAAUCGCAACAAUCUUUGCCCCCCGUUUCGUACGUGAAAGCCAUCGAUAUUUGGAUGUCGUCAUGCUCUAUUUUCGUUUUUCUGUCCCUCAUGGAGUUUGCCGUCGUCAAUAAUUACAUGGGCCCUGUCGUCACAAAAACAAUGAAGGGCUACUCCGAGGAAGACCUGAGAAAUGCUGUAGAUGAUUUUAAGCAAGAAUUAGACCCUCGAGGUCGAAGUCCAAUGCGCAACACGCUCCCCACCUUGCCGCAAUACCCUACCUUUUGCAACGGAAGAGCAAUCGCUCUGUACAUUGACCAAUUCUCACGAUUCUUCUUCCCAUUUUCAUUUUUUGUUUUAAAUAUACUCUACUGGACAUCUUUUUUAUAAUAAUAAUUCGAAUAAAUCCAUGCUUACAUAUGAA